AUGACCGACUCCGCAGUUGCAUUCGCUGACCAUAUCCCUAUUUUCUGUGUGCGACUCGGCCAUCAAGAGCGGCAUUCCAUCGACAGCAGUGAAGCAUCUACCCAAGAAUUUGCAGCCGUUGCUGCGCAUUACUGUGACGAGAGCUGGGGGGCGACGGCCUGUCCUCCGCUCGCGCCCUCGCAUGAGAGAACACGCUUGCCGAACGAGCCAAGCUGGCACUCCGCGCCAGUACCCUCAGAGCACGGCUCCUGGCGUGUCAUCCCAGUCUCCCCCACCGAUGAAGGAUUCGCUCAGGAUCGCCGCGGCUUUGAGCCGCCGCCGGCUGCUGCUGUGCAAGACCUCCGCGAAAUAGGGGACAACCUGGCUGAAACCUGGAUACGGCAGGCUUCAGAUCUCCUGACGGCGGCGUGGCCUUCUUUGCGAACGAGGACCGCUGCGAUCCCGAAGCAGAGAGAGCGGCUUAGCUUGCUUCGCGAGCAGGAGGUGACCGCUGCUUCUUGUUCAAGGGAGAAUCAUGAACCUGCUGCGCUCAAGCAAUUUUUGUUCAGUUCCGCACCAACGCCACAAUCCUGCUCAGGAUACUCUCUUCCGUGCAGCUUCCUGAUGGUGGCUGGUGGUUCCGUGGUGGGACACGCGAGACUGCAGGCAUGCUCUCUCCCCGGGCUUCCAGCGCAGUACGUCGCGGUCACGUAUGUGGUUGUGGAUACAAGAGCACGAAAGAAAGGCUGGGGAAAACUGCUGAUGCAUAUGGUGGAGACUAUUGCCAGCGUGCAACUGAAGGCAGAUUACGUGGCUCUUUGGACACGUGCAGCGAUGGGCUUUUACCUAAAGCUCGGGUAUCAGCAGUGUCCGCCUAUGGAGGUUGCGAGCCGCUGUCUUGCCUCCUUGAGUUCGUGCCAACAGGAGACGCUGAUUUCCACUCUGACAAAUUUGAUGAAGAGACGAGACUUGGCGACGGGUUUGCGGGAUCAAGGAAGCGUAGAGGGUCGAUCAGCAGACCCUGUACCUCAUAAUCUUGUGAACUCGAUAGAAGACACGACAGGCGGGAAAGAUGUAUGGCUUCGAAAGCGUGUAGGCCCAUGCAUCGCAGAGCCUGAGCACUUUCCACUGGCUCAGCGUUCGACCGAAGUAGCCGCAGCUCUGGAUGUACUAACGAGAGGGUCUGAGGCAGCCCUCACAGAGGCGUCACUCGCUGACUGCCACGUAAGCCCGUCCUUAGGCAAGAGUCUGCUUCCGUCAGUGUCAAGCUCAAUCCUGCAUGGCGCUACGCAUGACGCCCUACAGGAGGUGGACGCCACCAUAGGGCAUACAAAAACUGGAUGGGCCUACAGGCUCCUGAAUGCUCCUUGGUGCAGACAGAUUGGGCCCUCGUGUGGCAUCAGCGCACUGUGCAUGGCUUGUGCUUUUUUAGCAAAGGCGAGGCAGUCCAGCGGUCGAGAGGAUGACCAGAAUCUCACGGGACGGGGUCGUGAGAUGGUCGAUUUAGGAGAACACUUGUUACACCUGUCUAGAGAACGGGGGAUUUCGACGGACGGGGAAUUCUUCAAUAUAUCCGAUUUGGUACGUGUAGCCCGCGAAGGUGCACACCUUGACGCCGUUCUUGUGGAAUUCGCUAGCGGGUCGGAACCUGAAGGCUUCGAAGGUGAAACUGUCGAACAAGAAAGGGGAACGGAAGAGAAGCUGGUACUCCGCGAUAGUAUUUGGGAUCAGUGCGCUGCAUUUGUUAGGCGUGGAUGGCUUUUGAUUGUCCCAUAUGACUCCGAAGGAGGCCGCCCCGCCCUGAGGAGGGGUCUCAAAGCACACUAUGGAAUUGUGGUGGGCUACGCAUUCCGGCAGACUCAAAGGAGUCUAACCGGUUCUGUUGAACCCGUCACUCCGUCGGACCCCCCUGAGGCUGGGAGCGUCGCCAAUGCAGCUGGCUGCCACACAUCGGGCUCUGCCUGCAGAAACGGGGGAGAAAAAUUGGAAGCACCACGUCUGAAUCAACGUCGUCCGCGCCACGAGAGAGACGCCGAGCCAAACGAGGGUGCGGGCUUGGAAGAACUGCGUUUGCGGGCAGAGAAGGAUACGGCAGGCGUGAACGCGCCCAUGUCUGGCAAGGCAAUCGUAUUGCAGCACGGGCGAUCCCGUCUUUUGACGGCAUCACUCUGGAGUGAUCUGAAGGACUCCAACACCCAGCUUUGGAACGGCGACACACGUACGUUUCCUCAUGCUGUUAAGAUGGACCUUAGGAAUAAAGCGGUAUUAGUCCGCGGGAUCCUUGGCACCUGA